CAAGAUGCCUAGGCCCGGAGACCGGCUGUGAAGAUGCCAGUGGCGGUGAUGGCAGAAAGCACCUUUAGUUUCAAAAAGUUGCUGGAUCAGUGCGAGAACCAGGAGCUCGAGGCCCCUGGAGGAAUUGCUACACCCCCAGUGUAUGGUCAGCGUCUAGCUUUAUGUUUGCUCCAUAAUGACAUGAAUAAUGCAAGAUAUCUUUGGAAAAGAAUACCACCUGCUACAAAAUCUGCAAAUUCUGAACUUGGGGGAAUUUGGUCAGUAGGACGAAGAAUCUGGCAGAGAGAUUUCCCUGGGAUCGAUACAACCAUCAACGCUCACCAGUGGUCUGAGACAGUCCAGCCAAUUAUGGAAGCACUUAGAGAUGCAACAAGGAGACACGCCUUUGCCCUGGUCUCUCAAGCAUAUACUUCAAUCAUCACUGAUGAUUUUGCAGCUUUUGUUGGACUUCCUAUAGAAGAGGCUGUGAAAGGCUUAUUAGAACAAGGAUGGCAAGUUGAUUCCACCACAAGAAUGGUUCUGCCCAGAAAGCCAGUUGCAGGGGCCCUGGAUAUUUCCUUUAACAAGUUUAUUCCCUUAUCAGAGCCUGCUCCACUUCCCCCAAUACCCAAUGAACAGCAGUUAGCCAGACUGACGGAUUAUGUGGCUUUCCUUGAAAACUGAUUUAUCACUCUGAGUUCAAGAUUCAUCUUCAGGAUCCUGUAUACUGACAAAUAUAGAAAUGUAAAGUUUGUAUUUUCAAUUUAUUGGAUGGCUUAAGCACCUCAGCAUUCCUUACUAUGUGAUAAAAU